AUGACUGCUGCCGACGGUUUGGAGGGCCUCGCUAAUCUCUUGGCUACGCCUGCUCAGCUAUCGAGCUCAUCGUCGUCUCUUGAUGGCAUCCCUGCUGACCUAGAAACUUCGAUUCGCUUUGCGGGUGCUCUCUUGACGCAAGCAGCUGGGGUACUGCUGCGACUGCCUCAGGAUGUGGUCGCUCAAGCUAUCGUGAUCUUUACUCGGUUCUGGAUCGGACCUGAUGGUGGUAGCCUUGCCAUCCAUUCCGCAAAGGAUGUCUCCGCAGCCUCAAUUUACCUGAUGGCCAAGCUAUCAUUCCAUCCUACAUCUCCCCGCUCUGUGCUCAAUGUAUAUUCCUAUCUCUUGUCGAAAGAAGCCUCGCCUUUGUGGUUCAUCAACCCGUCCGAGGAGCUCGAAGAUAAUCCCAAACCGGAAUCAUACUAUUUGUCCGAAGGCGGAUAUCAAACUCAGCGGUUAUCGCUCUUGAAGAUGGAGACGAUCAUCCUUCGUACUCUUGGAUUCAAUACCCACGUCGUCAUUCCCCACACCAUUGCUCUUACAUAUCUACAAACCAUAAACACGACAGGAAGCGCCCUUGCCAAGCGGGUUUUUGAGCACCUCAACGCGUCCCUUCUAUCGCCCCAGCUUUUAUACGUGACACAUCAACCAAACGCGCUAGCCGUGGCUUCCAUCUACCUCGCUGCCCGAGAAGUUGGCGUGAAGAUGGUAGAAGAAGAGUGGUGGGAGGUGUUUGAUGUCGACCGCGAGGAACUGGGUUUUUUGGUGGUUGCAAUGAAUAGCAUGGAAGUAUUCUCCAAAUCUGAAAGGGAUGUAUGGUCUGGAACGCCAAUACCGUUAACCGUCGAGAGCUUAGAGGCUGAGUUGGCGAAACGGAAAAAGGCCCAGGAUGGCGAAUGA